AUGGUUCUGGCUACGAAAAAUCCAUAAUUUGUUUUAAAAAUUCGUUUUUUUGAAGAUUUGACCUUUUUUUCCUUUGAAAAUAGUCCUUUUUUUGAUUUUUUUUCCCUAAUUUUUUUUAAAAAAAUAUCUAUUCAAAAAUAUGGUCUCCAGAACUUCUGAUUACCUUUUUUUCGAACUUUAUUUGGUUUUUUUCAAUUUUUUUGAAUUUUUUUUCCUUUCUUUUUUUAAUAGUCUAAGCUCAAAAAAUAGCCUUUCUUUUUCGUUUUCUGUACUUUUUUAUUGGUUUCCUUGUCAUUUCAUUUUUUCGGCUUUUCGCGUACUUUCCUGUUUCAAUCAUUUUUUUUUACAGCUUCUAUAUAGCAGAAAAGUUUAGAAGCAUCUCUUGGAGCUUGAAAUUCCAAUUUUUCAGUGUAUUUUUGUGAUAAAUCCAUCUUUUUUUCCUCAUUUUUCCGUUCAAAUAAUUUUCAAGCCUUCAAUUCUCAAUUUCAACCCAAAAAACCAGUUUUUCAGGUGAUUUCGGGCAUUUUUCCCAUCUUAGAAAUUUCUAGAAUUAUUUUUUUGCCACCUGUCGCCAUAUGCAUUUCGAUUACGUGCGUCACUAAUAAAUUAUUUUUUUUCCUGACGAGUUUUUCCCCAUUGAAAGAAGAAAAAAAGUUUAUAAAAUGAGCGAAAUAAAUAUACUGAAAAAAAUAUUUUUUUCAAGGUGAAAAUGGAAUUUUUUUCCAGACUCUCAUCAAUUCUCAUCCGAUUUCCGUCGAAAACUACAAGAAAGAAGUCGAAAAUGUGAGUUUAUAUUUGUUUAUAAUUGAAAUUUAGGUUAACAAACCAAAAACACUAUUAGUUUUUGAAAAAAAGUUUGUCAUUUUUACUCAGCAUCCGAAACAGUGAGAUGAGAUAGUCCAUUUUUUUAAAAAUUUUUUUUUUUUCGAAUUUUUUUGAUAGACCGUGGUUCCAUAGUUACAUCUAGGAAAUGUGAGUUUUUUUCUGUUUAUAAUUAAAAAUUUAAGGUAUAUAAAAACCAAAAACAAUAUUGGUUAAAGAAAUAAUUUUCAUUUUUUUGCUCUGUAUCCGAAACAGUAAGAUGAGAUAAUCCAUUUUUUUAAAAAAAUUUGGUUUUUUUAUCGAAUUUUCGAUAGACCGUGGUUCCAUAGUUACAUCUAGAAAAAUUUGGUUUUUGAAAUCGCAGAAAAAAAUGACGAAAAAGUUUCGGCUCAUUUGAGCAAUUUCGAAACAGAAAAAUAUCCAAAUUGUUAAUUUAUGCCGAAAAAAAUAGAGGUCAAAGUCGCCCUACCGCACUUUUUUUCUAGUGUGUGGUGCUCUCUUAUUUUCAUGUGGUCUUCAAAUUUCACUAAUAUUAAAUAUUUUUUUCUGAUCUUUCCUAAAAAAAUCAAAAAAAUUAGUUAUUACAAGGCCGAUUUUUUUCCCAUUACUUCACCAUAUUUGGAACAAAAAGUCUUCUUUUUUUGAAAAUGAAAAAUAAAAUGAAAGGAUUUUUUUCAAGUUUUUUUGAACAAAAAAACGUUAAAAAGCUGUUUUUUUCAUUAUAAGAGUUUUAAAAAAAGAUUGAAUGAAAUUUGAAAUUUUUUUUCCAUUCUUCUCUUUUUCUAGGCUGUGGACCUGCUCUACAAGGUCAACCAUUUUUUUUUCUAAAAAUUUGAAAAAAGUAUUUUUAGAGCUCACAAGGGAGGUCAUUUACUUUGUUGUUGGGAUUUUCUGGAAAAUUGGCUAGAAUAUUUCUGGAUGUACCAGAAGAAGAUUCUGAAAGUCUCCGCCUGCAAAACUUUCUACUUUUCCAGAAAAGACGCUGCAAGUUCAAAGAAAACGGUCAAAAUCCAUAAAAAUGAGCUUUUUUGAGGCUUUAGACCCUUGUUUCUUGGAAACUGGAAAGUUGUGCAGGUUGAGACUUUCAGAAUAUUCUUCUGGUACAUCAAGAAGUGUUCUGGCCAAUUUUCAGGAAAAUCCCAACCGCAAAUUGUAAUGACCUCCCUGUUAGGCUGGAAAAAUAAAGAAAAAAAUUAUAUACUUUUUUUGUCUUAAUUUUCAAUUUUUUUCCCCUGUUUCCAGGCGGUGGACCUGCUCUACAAGGCCGACCAUUUCCACUACUUUUUCACGGAUCGCGACGGAACCUUGAAAAGUUAUUCGUGCAGUUAUCCGUCGAGCAUUCAGCCGGCUUAUUCCGGAGUUAUUCAGGUAUCCGAAAAUUAGCUGAGCUCGCAGUUUCAGGAGUUUAAUAAAUAGUUUGGUGGAAAAAAAUGUUGCUUCUAGUGAGGUUGUCGUUAGAAAACUGAAAAAUUUAUAGCUUUUGGUUUAGGGGCCCUUAAAGGGGUUGAAUCAAAAGAAGGCCCCUAUAGGGGUCGAAUUAAAGGGGCCACUUUAGGGGUUGAAUUAAAAGGGGGCCCCUAAAGGGCUAUUAUCAAAUUCCGGAAGGGGGGCGAAAUGGCCAAGUCCCUAUUGGGACCCCCCAAGCUUUUUUCCAAAAAAAGUAUUUUCCUAAUUUUCAGGCUCAAUUCGCCCGAAGAUGUGCCCAAACUUGCUGUAUACUCACCACGGCCCCGCUUAUGCAUAUUGGUAAGAUUUCGUUGGAUUUUGUAGUCAAUGGCCGCAUUUGGAAUGGCUCCACGCGUUUUAUAAAGCGACCGACCAAAAACUACUUUCAAAAAAAAAAAAAAAAAAUAGAAGUGUCAAGUUUCGAUCAUUUUCGUAAUGAAAUUUGACCAUAUAGUAUCUGAAAAAUCUUCAAAUGGACCAGGUAUCUUCACCCGACCUGAAACGACUUGAGCUAAAAGGUAUUUCAGAGCAGCCGCGACGCUUCGAGCCAUUCUAUAAGUGCGAAAUAGUCCAAAAAACCUUUAAAAAAAUGAAAAAUAUACCAGUUUCGAGCUUAUAUAUUUAUUUUUUUGGUAAAAAGGGAAUUCAGAAAUUUCAUGAUUUUUCCAGUUUGGAGCUGAUAGUUUUUUUUUUUUUUUGAAGCUUUUUCAUUUCUGAAAACUUUUUCUCGGACUUCGAAAACCCAAAAAACCAAGUUUUUGGGGAAUCAAAUUCGAAUUUUCGGAUCGAUCCAUUCCAAAUGCGACCAGGUCUUGGUGAAUCCAGUAAUUAUUCAUAAUUUUCCCAGUUUGAAGCUUAAAGAUUUAUUUUUUGGACAAAAAUUGCUUUUUUUUUUAGCCCUAAAAUUUUCUCCAAACGCUCGAGAAGCUGAAAAAAUCCCGAUUUUUCUUCAAAUUUUGUCGAAAAAGUUGAGAAAAAAUCAAUUUUUGAUGAUUUUUCAGGCGUUUUGGACGUAUCGACGAUCCCACCCGGGUACUAUUAUUACGGAGCUUCGGCGGGUCGGGAAUGGUUCAUCGAUCCGACGAAUAAAUUCAAGGAUACUUCGAUUCCCGAACAGACUUUGAGUCUUCUCGAUAAGGUUUUUUUUUUUUUAUCAAUAAAAAAGUGAAAAAACUUUUUAACGACUCUAAACUAAUGAGGCUUCUAUAAAAUGCGCAUUUUUUUCAGGUUUUUUUAUGAAUUUUCUCAUGUUUUUUUUGAAAAAUAGUAAUGGGAAACUUGAGCAAAAAUUAGGAGGGUUUUGAUUAAAAAAAUUUUUUUUAUUAUAUCUUCAAGGUUUUUUUCAAACUUCCCCGUUUUUUUACCCAGAAAUUGAGUCUUCUGUAUUUCUAUUUUUUUAUUUCCUUUCCACGAAAUUUUUUUUGUUUUUUUAACUAUGCAAAAAAAGCGAUUUCAAGACAUAAAAAAAGCCUGAAAAAAAUUAGAAAAAAAUUAUUUUUAGACCUUUUUUUAAAUCUCUUUCAGAAUUAUCGUAAAAAAACUAAAAAAACGUAUUGAAGAUUUUUCAGAAAUUCUUCAUGCUUUCGAAAUUUAUAGAUUAGUGGAUUUUCAAUUUCAAAAAUCCCGAAAUUCAGUUAUUUUUUCAAAGUUCCCUGUUUCUGCUCCAAAUUAAAACUCCACACAAAACUAAUUUUUUGAUAGGUCUCGGUAAAGGGCACCAAAAACAUGGGCAUGUUGGAAAAGUCGGUCGGUCGGUUUGGAAAACUAGGCCACGCCGCAAUUUUGCUCCAUGGAACACUUGGAAUUUCGAACUUUUUCUUCUCUGAAUUUUUUUCUUCCUUUUUUUAAAUUUUACUAAAAAAAGGUUUUCGCUUAUUUUCAUUUAAGUGUAUCGUUCUUGCGAGUGAAAUACGAUGGUUACUACAUUCAAAAUUAUAAAAUGAUUCAAUUUUUGAAAGUUCUUGUUAACUUUUUUGGAUCCAAAACAACUUCAUGAAACCAAAUGAGCGAAAUCAAAAAUCAUAAGUGAUCCGUGUAUUCCGUCAUUCCGUGUAAAAUCUUCACUCGAAGUGGUCGCUCUCAUUCUGAGGCUUCCACCUAGAGCACGGUCUCCGGGCUCCAGCACAACAUCCGCUACAUUCUGAGCUCGUCAAGGCGCAACUGGAUGGACUACGCGCAGAAGAACGAGGCGAAGGACUGUAAGACCAUGCUUUCAACUCUUUCGACUACACGUUUGGACUUCUAGUUCGCCAAAGGCGGUUGUUCGUUAUAGCUUUUAAAGUUCUUGUUCACCGCCUAGUCGAUUACAUCAGACUAAAACAACAAAAUAAAUGAUUUGAUUUGAUUGAUUGAUCUGAAAAUGAGAUAAUGUGUAAAAUACACACAAAAAAAAGGCAAGAAACAAAAUUAUCUCCAACAACAGGUGAAACAUUACCUAGGAAAACAAUUAUAAAUGAGGAACAGUUUAGUUUGAAGUGAGGAGCAUGUAUCCCAUAUCCUAGAAAACUGAUAAAAAGGGAGGAUGAAUAUAGAAAACAGGGAAAAAGUCUGAAUUCGAUUUUCCAUGGAGCAAAUUUACGGCGCGGCCUAGUUUUCCAAACCGACCGACUUUUCCAGCAUGCCCAAAACAUGUCUCAAUUCAUUCCGGCCCAAAAAACCGUUUUCCAGGCCUUUCUGAAGAUCUCCCAACUUCUGGAGCACCACGACUACCGGCCGUUCACUUGGGUCGGCUCGGGACUCCAGAAACAUUUCGGGCAUCUGACCAUCGCUCAUCAGGACGUUUACAAAUCCGUAAGGAACAUUUUUUUUUUUCAAAAGUAA